AUGACCCCGACCGUGGCCACCUUUCACCGACGGUGCGGCAAACGCAUUACGCUGACCAACGGAAACCGGACGGCGAUGCGAAAUGUGAGUGAGUUUAAUCACGGGCUGGUGCUGUCGGCGGAACCUCUCCAGGACGAUGCACUGUUUGAGGUCCAAAUCGACGAGAAGAUACAAGCGUGGAGCGGCAGCAUCGAAAUCGGGGUGACGACCGUCAAUCCGGAGUCGGCCGAAUUGCCACCGUGCGCGACCAAGCUCCGCAACUCAACCUGGGUGAUGUCGGGCAUCUCGGUGCUGAAGGACGGUCUGCUGCUGGUCGAAUCUUAUGGUACCGAUCUGGAGAAGCUGGCGGAGGGGGACCGCGUUGGGGUACAGCGGACGUCGCGUGGUGGACUCGUAUUUUAUGUGAACGGUGAACCGCAAGGUAUUGCUGCCCGUGACCUUCCGCGACCCGUGUACGCCUUGGUCAACCUAUACGGCAAAUGUGCUCAGGUUUCGAUCUCUUCCGAUCCCCAACCCGGUGCUGGAGAGCACGCUACAGGGGCAACUAGCGGGGGACCGCAGGAAGACGGCGAAUGCGCCACCACUGGCACCGGAACAUCGUCGCAGCAAAACGUCUCCCAGAACAUCGACCGUCCGAUAUCGGUGGAAAUGUCGGUGAAUGGCGACCGCGUAACGUCAUCCUCGAUGGUCGGAGGUACCAACGGCACCACGGCUGCCAGCACUGUGAUUGGGGCUAUCGCUGAGACCGGGCCUGACCCGAACGAUAAGCUCCGGUUUCAUACGCGCUGUGGGUCGCUUGUAAAGCUGAGCGCAAACUGUCGCACGGCCGAACGGCGCAGACCGCUCGAUGAGUUUAACAACGGAGUGGUGAUGACGCACCGGCCACUGUGGGACAACGAGUUGUUUGAGAUACGCAUAGAUCGGCUGGUCGACAAGUGGUCCGGAUCGAUCGAGGUCGGAGUCACUACGCACUGUCCGUCGGCGCUGCAGUUCCCGGCAACGAUGACCAACUUGCGCAGCGGCACCAUCAUGAUGUCCGGCUGUGGAAUCCUCACCAAUGGGAAGGGAACACGCCGCGAGUACGGGGAGUUCAAUCUGGACGAGCUGCGGGAAGGCGACCGGGUCGGGAUGAUGCGCAAGGCGAACGGCAACCUGCACUACUACAUCAAUGGGCGCGAUCAGGGUGUGGCGGCAACCCGUGUGGCCCAGACCCUCUGGGGCGUGAUCGAUCUGUACGGUAUGACGAUCAAGGUGACGAUCGUGGAUCGCGAUGAGCGCGAGCAGCGCAAUCUGGUAACGCGCCGCAACCAUAUGCUGAUGACGGGCCAGGUGCAGGAGCUUCCGCUCGCUCUGGCUGCCCCGGCUUCACACACGGUGGGCAGUCCAUCGGAGAUGGCCGACUGUAGUCCGUCGGCGAUCGAUCGACUACUGUUUCACCCGAUGUGUGGUUCCCAUGCCAGCGUCACACACAGCGGCCGGACCGCGCUGCGUCCCAAUGCGUCGGAUGAUUUUAACAACGGCGUAGUCCUCACGAGACGUCCGCUGCGACCGAACGAACUGUUUCAGGUGCGACUCGAGCGUGUCGUCACGAAGUGGGCCGGCUCGAUCGAGAUGGGCGUAACGACGCACAGCCCGACCGAACUCGAUUUUCCGUUUACGAUGACAAAUGUGCGCUCCGGCACGUGGAUGAUGACGGGGAACGGUGUGAUGCACAACGGAAUCACCGUGAUCGAGCAGUACGGCCAAAACCUCGAUCGCUUGCAGGUCGGCGAUCGUGUUGGCGUCGUGCGGAAGGAUGAUGGAACGCUCCACUUUUGGGUGAACGGAAUCGACCAGGGCCCGGCGGCGACGAAUGUGGCUGAGCGAGUGUACGGUGUGAUCGAUUUGUACGGCCAGGCGGCUCAGGCCAGUAUCGUCGAUACGUCCGAGUGCGGAACGCCCGACACGGGCAACUCGACCAUCUCGAACACGACGCUCUUCCCUUGUGCCACCGGCGGUGGCGUAAUCGGUGGUGGCGCCGGGGGCGGCCCUCAGUCCGGCGAGCCAAAGAUGCGCUUCAACACGGCCGUCCACGGGCGCAACGCACACAUUCUCGCCAGCGGACUGACCGCCUGCCGUCCGAAAGCGCUGGCCGAGUUUAAUGACGCGAUCGUGUUCAGCAGUCGGCCGCUGCGCCAGCGGGAACUGUUCGAGAUCGUACUCGAGACGGUGGUCGACCGGUGGAACGGCAGCAUCGAGAUCGGGGUGACGGCGAUGCGGCCGGAUGAGCUGAGUCUACCGAGCACAGCCACCGACCUCGAGCACGAUACGAUCAUGGUCUCCGGCACGACGCUCCUGCUGAAUGGGUUUACCGUGCGCAGCGAUCUUCCAUUCGAUCUGGACGCCCUCGGCCAGGGUUCGCGUGUCGGUGUGAUGCGCAACGGCGACGCGAUCCACUUCUUCGUCAACGGAACCGAUCUCGGCUCGUUCUACGAAUCUCGUGCCCCAAACCUGUACGCCGUGGUCGAUCUGUACGGACAGUGCGCUCAGGUAAGCAUUACGGCCCCUGUUUAUCAGCCCGGUGGCAGUGCGGGAGGUGGCGUGGGAGCCAGUGCUGGGGCGCCCCAAUCGUUGGCCGAUCUGCGGGCUCCGUACGCGAUCAGUGAGAACUCGCAGAGCCUACAGGCCACCUCGGUCAUUCAGCCGAUGGCGCUCGUUGAAUCGAAGCACCGGUGGUCGUGCAUCACCGGCAACAGUGUCACACUGAUGCACAACUGGACAUUGGCCGCCCGCUGCACGCGCAGUUCCCUUUCGCACUGUCUCGUCUUUUCCGACCGUCCGCUGGUGCCGGGCGAAACGUUCGAAAUUCGCAUCACGGAGAUGAACGCUCUCUAUGCUGGGUGUUUGCGAGUCGGAGCGACCGAUCUGAACCUGUCCGACGAGCAUGUCCGCAAGAACAUUCCGAUCAGCAUGCGCCGCAUCCCGGCCAACGUGUGGUACGUGAGCGGCAACGAGGUGCGGCACAACUCGACUUUACUUCAGCGAUCACUCGCCUCGCUCGAGUGGCUACGGGUCGGCGAUCGGAUCGCCAUCGAGCUGACACCGGCACGGACACUGCGCAUUCUGCUGAACUCGGAGGACAUGAACAUUGGCUUCACGAAUCUGCCCGACCAGCAAGCGGAUGUGUUUGCGGUGGUCGAGCUGAUCGGCUCCACGAUGGCCGUGCAGGUGAUCUCGUCACAGGGCCCUACGUCUCCGCUGCGACCGUGCAGCCUGCGGCUACAGGAUUCACUCGAGCUUGGACUCGAUCCACUCAACAAGCAGGACUCGAUGCUCGAAUCGAUUGAUUCCGACAGUCUGGUGAUGGAGUUCUCCGAGGUACACCUGGGCAAGAAUGUGACGCUUCACGACGACCGGAAAUCGGCCGCGCGGGCUCAAUCCUACAAUCAGGCCAUCGUUUGUCUCUCGAAACCACUGUGUAAGGGGCAAAGCGUUAGCGUGCGCAUCAACAGUAUCAACACGCUGUGGAAGGGAACGAUCGCGGUCGGUGCUCUCGGUGUUGCACCCGGGACUGGCCAGCAGUUUCCUUUCCCAACGUCGGCCAUUCUGUUCCGUCGCCCGUGCUGGAUUGCGACGCACGAUUACGUGAAUAUUAACGGCACGAAAACGCAGUCCCGCUAUGGUGAGGUGUUGGAUGCGAUUGUACCCGGAACGAUCAUCACCCUCACGCUUACGCACGCCGGAAGUUUGCUCAUUAGCUGUGGCUCAACCCAGCUGGACGAGCUCGCCACCGGCUUGCCACACCACGUGUAUCCCGUGUUCGAUCUGUACGGGAAGUGUGAACGAUUGACGAUCGUCAGUGGCGAUCCAAAGAAUGGCAGUCCGAUCGAAGAAGAGUUGGGCGUCCUUCCGAACGAACCGGCCCGUCUCGCAAACGGCGUUACCGGUGCUGCCGGUGGUGGGCCGCUGGGUGCGGGAACUGUCGGCGCUGGCGGUGACCCUUUUGCUGCCGGGUCGGCCCAUGCCGGAGGUGGGUUGGAAAAUGGAGAAAAUGUUCCCCAAUGCGAGAAAGCCGAUCUGGAGGUGCACGAAAAAGAAACGGAUCAAACGGCAGCCGCGGUCGCCGGCAGCUCUUCUUCGAACGCAAUGAGCCGCUCAGUGAUGGAUUGCGUGUCAGAGAACCUGCUGAUGAAUAUUUCCAUCAAAAUCCGUACCGCCAACGAGGCACGCAAUCAGGAACUGUCGAAUUCGUGCUGUCUGCGGGAUUCGUUGCAGUUGCAGCACUCGACUAACCUCAACAUUCAGCGCAGCCAAAGCACCCACCGUUUCAACGCCAGCAUGUUGGGCAGCUUCGACAGCAACCGAGGGGGUGCCGCUGGUGGUGGAAUGGACGAACAAUCGCGAUCGAUGAGCUCGGGUAACUACGACGAAGGUUUCGAGGACUAUCAGCGACCAGCGGCCGGGGCGACUGGUGGUGCCGCUAGUGACGGUGGUACUACCGUCGAACGGGAAGAAAACACGGACCCCAACUAUCUGGACGAUGUGGGUUCGAACGCGGAAUUCAGUAUGACACACGGUGCCACUGGCGGCGAUCCAGAUGGAAGCGACACAAACUUGUCCGCCGAAAACAAUGGCCCCGCGGGCGGAGAGACACUGGCGGCGGCAGGCGGUGAAGAUGAAGAAUGCUAUCGUAGCCGAGAAGAGCAUCGUCGAUCCAAAAUGGAACUGCUGAUGACCGGAAACUCUGCCGCUUCGGGAUCCGCAUCAUCACUGCCAACCAUAAUGCAACGGUUGGCACCGGAAGGGGCGGAAGAUGAGGACGAAGCGCGACAGCACAUGCCAGUGCGUUCCGGAUCCGUUUCGUUGCCUCCGUCGGUGAUGCUCGACCGACCAACGGUGUUGGAGAACCGGGACUGUGACUAUCUGAAACUUGUGAUCGGCUUCAAGCGCGCCCUGAUGCUACCGGAAGCAUUUUUUGCCUGCGAUCCGUACCGGUGCUACUGUCCCGGAUGCUAUCCGACGGUGGUCAGUGGUGGGUCCGAGAGGUAUGCCGGCGUGCGCAAGAAUUGGGUCCGCUUCCGGUUGAACCAACAAACGGUGCAGGGUGGUACAAGUGGGGCCAUCGUUAGCACGGUGGAUGAUCUCGUCUGGACAACGGCGUUUUACAAUACGCGCGUGGAUAAGAUCCGCUCGGUGCUUGAUCAUGGCCAGCCGUUCCCGAUAGAAACGGGACAUUCGCUACCGGACCCGUCACUGGUGGCUGCUUCGAACGAUAAUUUCAUUCCCGGCACACAUAUUCUGCUUCGUUCGUUCCCCGACGCAACCGAACCGUCAGCAGCCCGGGGCACCGGGACACGGCACCGCUAUAUGGCCAACGGUCAGUGCUAUCGAAUUUGUACCGCAUUCGAGGUACGGGUACGCUCUCAAUCCCUGUCGGCGGUUGAUCACCUGAGCGGCGAUCAACGUCUGAUGGCCCAUGAUUCAUGUGCUGGAACCGGCACACCGACCGGCUCUUCGGGUGCCCCGACGGCAGCAAGCAGCACGAACAACAAUAAUGCCAAUGAUAUUACAUUCCGCUCAUGGACUACGAAAGAAGCGGACGCUUGCGUCUUAACAGCGCUGCUGCUGUGCUUGGCACCGAUGUAGAGUGACCAGUGCAGCUCGGACGGAAUCAAAACUCACACAAUACUGUUAC